AGUCUUGGUUUCUCAAGCCCAGUCUCAAAAAAUGCAACAACAUUAGAAUAGGCAUCUAACAGAUUCUGGAUCAGAAGCAAUUUAGCGCCUUAAGCCAAAGAAGGGGAACCAAGGGAAAAUGAAAGAGAUCUAAAACCAGGAAAGGCAUAAAAGGGCAGAUGGGGACUAACUGCUCAUUGUCUCUUCUCACCUAGAGGCAGCAAAUGAACCCAGCAGGUAACAUAUGCAAAACUGGUAAAAUGUGGCAAAUCUUUAUAACCUGAAGCCGGGUUGUGGGGCUCCAUGCCAUCAGAUAGUGCAGACAGCACAACAUGCAAGGAGGGAUAUAGGAAAAUUAUUUCUAAACACAAAGAUUGCACAUCUGGCUCAGAUGUGUCCUUCAGACAUAAAUUAUUACAGAUCAAGAAAGCAUGUGGAAAAGUAGCUUAUAAUACAGUACAUUCAGAUGCCUUAGCUCAAGUGUCUCCAGAUGGACCUUGGGUCUGCUUCAGUAGAAUCAACCCUAAUCCAAAGCAAAUAGCUAGGGUUUUUUUACCUUUAGAGCUCUACUCAUCUCUUAAUUGGCUAUCUUUCUGCAAGAAAAAUAAGGAGGAAAAGUAGGCAAUUCACAAAUUUAUUUUUAGUCUGUAGCUGUGUUCUUUCAAGCUAAUGCAAAUUUCCCUCUUUUCUAUUUUUUCCAGAUUUCCUUAAAUUUAUCACUAUUUUUCAUACGUAAUUUUUUAUUAAUUAUGUCAUUACUAUAUCUUUUGGAAUGCUGCAAAAAUGCAAAACAUUAAACUAAAAUGCACUGAACAAAAAAGUAUAUUAAAAAUUUCUCUCAACUACAGUAGCCUGGUUAUUCGAAAGCACCAAUCUCAUCUCCUCCAGUAUUCACUUUUUUUACUGAGUAAACAAAAAAAUUAUAUUUAAGGUUAAAGUUACUGAUUUCCCCAUAGGUAAGCUUAAACUUUUCAUUAAGUUUAAGCCAGUCACCUUAAAUAUUUACAUUUUUCCUGAUGCUUUAUGACAUUUUCUAGUGUCAUUUUUUUCAGGCCACUAAUUUAUAACAUACUUAGUGAUUUUUAAAUGUCACUGCAGCCAACUUGCAAUAUUAGACAAAGUAUAUAAAUCCACAGAGCCUACUGUUUUUUGAGCAGUAUCAUUCAAGUAGGCUGGGAAAAAAAAAGAUUGCUGCAUAACUUAAUAAUAAAAAUGAAGCUUAAUUACUGCACAAAUUUGUGAUUCUUCCUAGGGGGAGGGAGAGAAACUCCUUUGGGUAAAAGGGAGAGAACUCAUAUAUUUUGAUAAGACUAGAUCCAACAGGAAAAAGUAGCUUAACAGAAGAGUUUGUGAUCCACACAGACUGACAGCUUAAGGGAACUAAUGAUCUGGCCCUUUGUGAAGACACUGCCUUCUCCAACAUCAUAUAAGCAACUAAUGUCAGUCCAGCACAUGUCCAUAUCAGGAUACAGAGCUGAAAUAUAACACUGGAAGAAAAGACGAAAUGGCAAGGUUCCCACCCACAAAGAAAGAUUUGCAUAACUUCAAACUGCAGAACUCAAAAGAGGAAUCCAUUUGCAUUUGCUGGCACAAGGUGCUCUUAUAUUCUGGCUUGUGAGGAGAGAUGUCAUGAAAAGAAAAGAAGCCAAGAGGAACAACAUUCAAUCAGAAUGAAAGACAGUGAUCCCAAAAGAUCCCUGGUUUGCCCUGCCUAUUUACAGGAACCACUGUGUGGCAGCCACAGAGAAUGGGCACUGAAGGAUGAGAAGAGCAGAGAGGGAUGCACUCCUAUGCAUUCUAGUAAGCAAAAUUACUGCCUUGAGACCUUGGGGCAGACAGUACCUCUAAGCUCACACAACCACUUUAAAAGCAAAGUGAGAGCUUGGAUGAACUGUUUAGUCUUAUACUGAAGUGAGGUUGAAGCUGAAACAGCACCGUUCAUUGAUAUUUUAGACUGUACAGCUUGCAAAUAAUUCAUCAUCCUAUCCUGCUAAGAUUUGAUAUUUUGAGUAGCUAAAAAAUAUAUCCCAUAAUGGGCAGGAAAACUUCUGCCCUUCAUUAGGGAGGUUUUAAUUUUUUCUAAAUUACACACAAUGAGCAAUUUCUGCAGUGUUUCCAAAUCCAAAGUUUAAGUAAAAUCUGUGUUUCAAAACCACAAUAAAACUACUACUGUUGUUUAGAUACCUCAUGUCAUGCUAGAUACAAGAAAGAAUAACAGAAACUACAUGUCAAUAGCUUUUGCUGAGUUGCAGACUGGCACUCACUGGCCUAGGUUCUUUACCUUGUCCUGUUUAAGAAAAGUUCCUCCCAGUUAUUCUUCAUUAGGAUUAUUGUUCAUUAUACCUCCUGUGUGAACAGUGCCCACAAACACAUUGCUGUAUCGUAUCGAGGAGGUGAGAACAUCUUGGACCAGAUUUAUUCUUGCAUUUUUCUGUCUAAGAGAACUUCAUACCUAACUGCCAUGCAGUUAAGGUAUAAACUGCUCUUAAGUAGCUAAGAUUAGUUGUGUUGCAUAAAUUUACACUAGGAUUACUACUGUUUUCUGUAAGCAGGCUGUCAGAAUAUUUGAUCUGAAAACUUUAAAAUUCAUUACACAGCUUACUUGUCCAGAAAAGGCAGGAACAUAUAAAAUAAGUCCCCUUUAUACCACACUGUAUCUCCACCCACAAAAAAUCCAUUUUUAGAAAAAGAAUGCCCAAACUCCCAUGACAGUAAUCUUAGAGAAAACAAAUGAACAAACUUAAGAAAUACUUUAUUUUAACCAGCUUGCUAGUUUUUAAUUGCAAUAAUAACUACUAAUUGACACAAUAAAGGGAAAAAAACCCCUCAUAUCUGCAGUCCUUACAUGCCACACAAACACUGGAAAACUUCUCUUUUGCGAUUCCUCUUCCCUCCAAUUUUAUACCAGACAAAUCAUAGAGGUUUACAAUACAAUUGACAGUUGAACACUCAAACUUCCAGUUUAAGCAUUUAAAGCCAUUCUAAAUGUUGAAUGGUAAGCACACAUGUAAUUUGACACCCCUCACAUUAUUAGAAUUUCAAAACAGAAAAAAAAUCUAGAUUCUUCUUAUUGCUACAGCUUGAUUCCUUAUUCUUUGACAGAACAUUUACAACAAAGAAUAUAAUAGUAUGAUUAAUAAAUAUUCUUUACGAUGCUGUUCUGACUAUUUUUAAUAUCAUCACAUCCAAAUUAGUACUAUCAUUCCCUAAAGCACAAUUCACUAUUCAUGUAGGUGGUACAUUAUGCUCUGUCUAUGGGACUAUCUUUCAAAAGUAUUCAUAAAUUAUACACAAAUGUGCAGGCCUAAAAAUAUUCAAGCAGUUUGAUACAGUGAGUAUGAGGUUUGGCUUUCUUGCAUUUAUGGGGGGUUCUGCAAGAUAUCAGAAGUCAUAGCACUAACAUGUGCUUGCCAGAUUUUUUUUUUUAAUGAAACGAGAAAAGUAGCUUCAGAAAACAGGAGGAUUUUCUGCUGAAAUGUUAAUAAAAUUACAAGGAUUACAAUUAGCAAAUAGCAAAUCUUGUAAAGCUCCAGUUCUAUAAGCAUGCAAGAGCCUGGAAAACAUUUCAUUGUGUGUACAAGUUACUCAUAUCCCUCCAAAGACAGUAGUUGAUUGACUUAUCAGAGAAUUCUGAACACCAAAUUAAAAUUAAUAGCAGAUUGGUAAAUAUUCACUUGUGGUGAAAAAUACAAGCAAACAGCAUACAGGAUUUGCCUUAUCAAAAACUUAGAAAGCAAAUACAUUCUUGGUCAAAAUUUACAAAAGCGUGCUUUUUAUGAUUACCUACAGUGGAGUUUUCCCAUUGCUACAGAGCAAUGGUCAAUUCAAAGUUUCAAAACCUGUAUUAAAAGAAAUUAAAAGUUCUUCUGCAAAAUGAAAAAAAAAAUUACUUACUAUCUACAAUUCUUUGUGCCAUGUCAAAAGGAAACUGUAGCCACAUACAAGCUUCUGCUCAUCUUUUGUAUUAGGUACCUUGAGGGAUUUUCUAACAAAUUUAUCAUAAGUAAAUAAGGAUUGAGUUAGCUCAACUGAAACCAACAGUACUCCUCAUGCUAACCUCUUGUGCUUUUGUCUUGAACAUUCUACAUUCUAUAACUUACAAUGCCCCUUAGCAACAAAUCCUGUAGCCUUCUUAUGCAAGUUCUCCUUGUAUGGAAGUGACAAGACCUUCAGCUCUCCCACAAAUUAAGAAACAAAAAUUGCUGGUGCAGAAUGGAGAAUUUCAGUUUUCUGGAUGACAAAUACCAUCUGGGCUAUGUAUUUACCACUGACACACAGUGUUUCGCUGGUCUGAAAAAUGCAUAAGUAUUGAUUUUUAUUUAAUGAUCUUCUGUAUUCAAAGAGAAGAAAAAUUAAAUGUGCAUUUUAAUGUUAGUUUUGAAAUAUUAAUUUGAAGAUUUUCUUUUCCAUCACACUAUUGACAUACUAUUAAAUAGCAUCACAGCAAUAUCAAAAUUCAAGUUUUAAGAUAUUGAAGACUGUGACAUAUCUGGUAAUGUUGGCUAAAUUGAAAAAUCAUCUGUAUCCCAGCUAUUCACUAGACAUAUUUGGGUUUUUUUGUUUUUAUUGUUAGUGGUUUUUCUAUGAUCUAGUUCUAUAGAGUUAAAAACAAUGGCUUGCAGAACUCUUGCCCUCAAGGACAUUACAUCAUGAUUUAUUUUAAUGUCAUGCUAAGGCCUCCCCUGCCUAUUCAUUCAUUCACUACUCUGUUCUGUUCGAGCUCUGUUUAUGGGGUUACUUUUCUCUUUUAACCUUGUUUAAAUCUAUUCUUUCAGAUUUCUGAUCAUGACUGUGGUAUUUUAAGUCCCUUUAGUCUACUUGAAACAUAAUAAGCAGGUGCUAAUCAAUGGAUUUUUUACUUUAGCAGGAACUGAUCUGUGAAUCAUGCAGAAAAUACUCUUUGUUCUCUGCUCUGCCUUUUCAAAUUGCAUUGCUAUUUCACUGUGCUCAGAAACAUCCAUGACAUUUAUUGCACAUUAUUCUCAGUGUUUGAUUUAAUUCUGAAUAUGUACUUCAAAACAAAAGGUUACAACAUUUUUCUUUUGUUUACAGGAGUUUCAAAAUGCUUCCCUUUUUUUCUUUUGUUUUCUUUUUUUUUUUCCUUCCCCCCCCCUUUUUUAAUGUCUUCAGUCAGCCUUGCCUUAUUGGGCACAUUAAUUUUGCUCAGUUAGCAAUCUGAGAGCAAGGAUUACCAGACAAUGAAAAGUUCUUAGAAUGGGUAAAAGAUAUUUAGCAGCAAUAAAUCUUAAUGAUACAGAAGCAAAAAGUAAAAAUUCUGUUCACAGAAUAAGAAAAAGCAUCCACCAUGUGUUUUCCCACAGAUGGAAAAAAAAAUACCUUUUCUCUAAGCAUACACUCAAGAUUUUAAUACCUCUUAUGCUUUUGGUCAGCACUUUAAAAUUAACAUUUGUAAAAUACCUUUGUUCAUUUUGCUUUUAAUCUUUGGAGCCUAGAAAAGAAUCAGAAUCAAUAAAUUUUUUAGAAUGACAACAAGGUCACAUAGGCCCCUACUCGCAGCCUCAGAUGUACAGCCUUCAAUGCUCUUCAGACAGUCCAGAGGAAGUUUUUUCCACAGGCUUCAGUUAGCACUUCUGAAGGUCAGCCCAAAAACAGGAACAAUUUUCUUAACUGUGAAGGAAUGUACUGGGACAGGAUGGAAGGGAAAAAACCUCUCUCCAUUGUAACCAAGAAAUCUAUCUGGCACUACAGUGCCAAUUCUUGUAUUUGUCAAAUACAGCCUGUUUACAGACUUAAACAGUUCUUUCUAAAGCACCUUGGGAUCUAAGAUCAUACAAAUGCUAAGAUCUAACACUGGUAUUUGUUGCCACUCCUGCUACCACCAAAAACAUGUGUUCCUGCUGAAGCCUGAUAUUUCAGUUAUCAUUUCAAAAUCAUUUAAAGGUUUUGGCUACUGCAGAAGAAAAGAAAGAUAAAAGGUUUGAAUGAACGACAGCCUAGUUAAUUAACCACUCAGAGUCUAAAAAAUAAACCAACAUUAAAACAGCUCUGCUUUACAACAAUCCACAGCUAUCAAAGGGAGGAGCUAAUUUUUGCUUGCCUUUUUCACAUCACACAUUUUGCCUUUGCUAAGUGCAAAUAAAAAAUGCAGGUGUUGUACUAAUGGUUUUAAAUUUUUCAAAAUUGAGUUUAAACAUCAAAUCUAGGCUUUUAAUUCUUUCAGAAGUCAAUAAAUAAAUUGAUCAACAUAAUAAAUAAAUACAAUUCAAACAAAAAAAUCUUCUGGAGUAUUGCAUUCCCAUUGAGUACCUUUCAAUUUUCGAGGGACAGGAUUCAAAUUACUCAGAGGUACAAAAUAAUUUUCCAGUAAUGCCAUGAAGAGAUUUAUAGUAGAAGCAGUUUCCUAAUGACUAUUUUCCUUCCACAGUACAUUUUUAUAUGUGUUUUCAAAGACACAGAAAUGACAGUGAAAUGAGUAUUUCCUACACAAACUUCUACAGGUUCUUAAGUUUGAGAAUACAACGGGAAGCUGCAGUAAGGUAUCUGAGCCCUCUCAGGGGAGAGUACUUUGUCACACUGACUAGAAAAUAUUCAGAAUAGAGCAGAAGUUCAAUUCAUUAAAAAAAAAGUGACAAUACAAGGACUAGAAUAAUAUGUCAAUCAAAUGAUACAUAAAAAUAGUGAAGCUUAAACUUAAGAAAACAAAAAAGAAAUUUCAAGGCUGAAUUUCAAUUCAACUAAACACAGUUUUAUCCAUUCCUAAUUUCUUUACUCAGAGAACUUUGUAUUCAGGAUUUUCAGCCAGGGGUCCUAUGGACUACCUCUCUGGGACUCGGAAAAAGGUGAUGAAAGCAACAUGAGACUGUGUAGUGUCACCACUGGAUUCCACACCACACAGGAAAAAAAAAACCAACCGAAGAUCUGCAAGUAAAAUACUAAAGUCCAUUCAGGUCAGUUUAACUACUGCAGUAGUAAUUAAAUUUUAUAUUACAUAUGGGGAUUUCAAGGGUUCUCUGAAAAUGCAAUUAAAAUAUACUUGAAUUGUCAAAGCUCACUUGCAUUUUAUUCAUCUUUGGUUUUGAGGGGUGAGUGUUCUAACCUGCUGGCUGCAGCUUCUUUACCUUACAUUGAAUCUACGAUGAGUCACUGAGGCAACUAGACAUACUGCAAGGCUGGUUUUGAUGGAUGACUCAGAACUAAGAAUUAACAACCAUUGGAGGGAUAAGAGAAAAAACAGAAUUUUGAAAGGUCACAUAUUUCUAGAUAUAUUUUAAACUAAAACUUAACUCCUCCUAUGCCCUCAAAGGUCAUGGUGGGGAAAUAUUCUGGACUAAUGUUAGGAGGAAGUACAGUACAAUGGGUUGUCACACUAUAGUAUUUAGUGAUCAAUAGAUUGUUGUGCUUUUAGAAUUUUUUUAAUUACACUGUAUAGUAGCACAACAGCCAUGAUUAGUAAUUUACCAGCACUGCAUCUAAAAAAAAAAAAGGUAAAGAAAAGCAAACAUACCAAAAAACACUCUUAACUACUGAAAAACCAUGUAUCUCUCUGGUUCUAUAAAAAUUAAGACAAUACAGGUUGAAAAUUACUCUCAUUUAAAAUAUACUUUUGAAAAACAUUAUCAUCCUCAUUUGAAUUUAUUAAGCUCAGAAGAAUAAAAAAAAACUGUUUGGCAAUUGAUCAUCUUAGAAACAAGCUCUCUUUCUAUGAUUGUCCAAAUGAACACUAGGAAACUUUGGAAAAUGACACCUACUGAAUUCAUGAGCAAUCUUCGUGUUUAUCUUGUUUGUAUUUCACUGAGAGACUUUCUAAUUAGAAUAAUAAAAAUAAGAUAGAAAUCACCAGACUAGUGUAAAGUCAGACAUGUCCUCACUAUUGGGUGAACCUGAAAAUGGGAAAGCAACAGCCACAUCCAUCAGUAUGAGCUGGAGAGACCCCAGGGCCUCUGGGCUGAGCAGAAGGAAUUCCCAGGAGCUGUUGGAGGUGGUGGUUGCAUACAACACCCCAAAACAAAUAAUCAAGGAUCUUGCUCUGAAUUUUUUGUUCUGAAUAAAAGUGGCAAAUCUGUUUUUAAUUACCACAGAAUAUAUGAAAGAAAACUAAAGUGCAGUGCAAUAGGUCAAUUAGCACCAGCAAUUGAAUUCAGUAAUACCAAGUUCAGUAAUUUCACAUUUAAGAAAGACUUUUUUGCUUCAGUGAUAUAAGGGAAGUAUCUUUGAUGAAAAGACGUAGAAGUAAACAUGCUUACCAGAUGAAUGAGAUCUCUUUAGGAAAGAGCCAGUUUCAUGACUUGACUCUCAUCACUUUGGUAUAAUGAGAAAUGUUAUAUCUGUACAAUACUGCUGUAAAUGAACGUGAAAAUGUGAAUGUCAGCUGGAGAGAACUAUACAUACAUGCUAGGUACACUCAUGCUAGUUCACUGACUACACAGAGAAAGCAGAAUCCAAUGUAUUUAAUAAUGUUAAGUACAAAGAGAAUUGUGACCCUGAUUACAUUAUUAUUUAAAUAUUUUAAUCUGAAUAUGUCUUCUUGCAUGAUUUUUCUACAAUUAGAGAAGUUGAAUUUAGUAGGUGUAAUAAAAUGUUUCUCACUCAGAUUGAGUAAGAUUUUAUUACUUACAGUAUAUCAAAUUUCUUCCUCAAGCUUCUGUUAUCAGGUUUGUCCUGAGAAUCAAGCAUAUAGAUUGCACAUGUUUCAAAUAACUAGGAAAGACAAAAUUGCUAGGCCAACUUUAAGUUACAAGUAAUUUUAGUUUACUUGACAGUAAUAGCUCAAGGUAGAAAAGCAUGUAUCACUUGAUUUGAUCAUAAAAACGUGACUCCAUACUAAGCUUAUCUUCCAAAAUUCUGGAAAGUAUUGCUCUCUCAGAAAAGCCCUCUAUGCAGUUUCUCUACAAUGCACUUAUCCAGCAUGUAGAUUCAUUUUGCUUCUUCCAUGCCUAUAAAUAAAUAAUGAAAAAAACUAUUGCAUGAGGUGCUACAUGUCUGUAAGAGGUCACAUGCCCUUAAAGGUGGCCAAGUUCAUACUGGAAACUGCAAACUUGAUUUCACAGCGUAGUCUGGCAUCCAUUAACAGUGCAUUUAUUCAUGCUUCUGUGAGCCCAGAACCGUGGCCAUAAAUUUUAUAGGGCAGAUAUAAUCAAAAAGUCUUUGUAAGAGGCUACCCAAAGGAAAAACAAAGGAAGUUCUCUUUAUCUACAUAGUAUUUUCAGGCUUCCUUUGCUAUCUUUGAGAUUCUUGUACCAGACUAAUGACUGCAUUCAGCAGUCUGUGAGUUUGCUCACAGGAAGUGACUUUCAUAAGCCAGAUAUCUUCAUAUAUGAACAACUGCACAGCCUGGCAGAACACACAUGGGCCACUACAGUGUUUUCCUGAAUGUUCUCACUGCUACUGAAAGGUAAAAGCAGCUUAAUGUUACAGCUGCUUAAUGCAUUGUAACAUAGUCCAAGUAAAGAUCUCAAAAGCUUUUUGUUGGCUAGAGCAGCACUUACAAAAGCAGGCACCUCUUGUAUUGCUUUUAAUCCGAUAAUGGAAAUAAAACAGCGACCAAUGUGAAUACAACACAGCAGAUGAAAUAAUUCAAUUCCCUCAGUUGAAUUCACCUCCUUUCUUUGAAAGCAGGAAGUAGCAGUCUCCUCAUCUGAGAUAAGAUACAAAUCCCAUGCCUGCUGCAAUGAUAAGGGCUUAUUUUCUCUUUGAAUAACUUUUCAAUGAGACACGUUCAUGAGAUUAGGGAAAGAACAGCUGGAAAUAGUAUGUACAUUUUGUGGCUUGUUUACUCCUUUGAUCUUCCUUGGGGUUCUCUAUGAGUAACAGAGGCCACUUUCCUUAUGAGUAAAGGAUUAUGAAGAGCAGAUACAGCCAAGAUCAAACUUACAUUCCAGAAGUGUGUUACUUGGGGAACACUGUGUCAGCUGACCUUCCUAGGACACUUUGUAGGUUUUAAACACACCGAGAAGGCAGCCUCAAAAAUCUGAUAAUGAAUAUCCCUGUAUUAAAGGUUCAUCAGAUAAUUGUAUACUGAUAAAUUUUUAAAUUGCUUCUCUAGACAGGUACUUCAACACUUUGUAGUUACAGGACAGCAAGAAAUACCACUGUUUUGUGCAACAAAAUCAAUUAUUAAAACUUAAAUGAAAGUAGCUAAUGCUUUGUUCUAUUAUCAACCCAAAUAAGACUGAUACAUGUAUCAGUUUUACAUUCCCAGAAAGAAAAAGAAUAAUGGGUUAUGUAAAAACUCUCAAUGUAUUUUUCAUUUUAUCAGUCAGUGAAUGCAACAUUAGUGCCUAGUGUUUUACUGAAAAAAAGCAAUAGUAGUGACUUUCACUGAAAAAAAUACUUCACAUUGUUAAAUAGAACUCAUUGAAAUCUAAAGUUUUAACAGCAUCUAUUUCUAUUCCUGAAGCAUAUGACAUCAAGUAUAAGCUAUAAUUUUCAUUUAAAACCUAGGCAUAACAGAGAGAACUAGUGUAUCUGUUAAAAUAGAGUUUUGAUCUCAGGGUACUAAGUCCUUGGAGAGGAACAUGAAAAAUGGAUGAGGGAUCAGAGAAUUUAGUUCACAUACUUUUGUCACUGAAGUGACAGUCAAAGAUUAAUUUUGAGAACAGAAAUAUGAACUUCAUGGUCUCAGAUUAUGACAACCAACCUUGUUGAUGACACUUGAUUUCUUCUCCCUGUGGGCCAUUAGAGCUUGGUUCCGAAGGUUAGACGCUCUAAGCAGCUGUAAAGGUCUUUUUUAUGAAUUGAAAACUUUACAGGAUAUUCUAGUUAUUACUUAUACGAUAUUGAAAAUCAUCUAAGGCAAAAAGUAAAUACAAUUUUUUUAAGCCUGAAGGAAAAAAAUUGCUAUCUGUGCUUUUUCAUUUAAAAUACUUUGUACCUAAAUCUACCAUCAAUAAGGGCUCAUUACUCAGCAACAUGUUUAUUCUGUGUAUUUUUAUGCUGUAACCUACAACACUCACUGGCAGAUAUUAUUAAAAAAUAAAAAGUAAUAUAUAACUAAUACAAAAGAUCUAUGAAGUACUGACAAAGCAAAAAGUCAUAAAUUAAGGACAGGAGUAAAACUACCAAUUAUUGAUUAGAUUUCUGUAAUUCGUUCCACUUAUUUUGUGCAACUGCAUAUUUUGCAAUACUUGAUUCAAAUUAAUAUAAAAAUGAAAACUGUUACUAAUAAUGUUUUGGUCUCUUUUGAAAUACGUACUUAGCUGCAGUACUAUAAUGGAAGUUUCAAUAAAGGUUAAAAAACAACUAGUACCUGACAGUCAAACACACAUAAAACAGAAAUACAGAAGAAAAUCUGUAAUGAAAAUAAUAACAUUCCAAAUAAACACAGUAGUUGAAAAUGAAAACAGAGAAGUUUAAGAAAUUGCAAUUAAGAAACAGUAUCAAAACAUUUUUUUAAAAUCUUAUUUUAAAAUUAGUAAGAUGUGUCUCCAAGACAGUUGCAUUUGGAAGUGCACAAAAAUGUAUAAGGAUCUACUUCAACUAAAACAUUGUUCGAUCAGUCCAGAAGUUUCAUUUCCACAACUAAAUAGAUUCCCAAACAUUUGUUCUCUGACCCAUCUCCAUCCCUCAGCUCCAUCACCUUCAGAUAGCAUUCUUAGGCAGAUAAAAAGGAAAAAAAUAUUUUGUGUAGCAAAAGAAGAAGGUAGCAAUCAAACAAUACAAAAUAUUUAGGCAAUUUUUACUUCUCGCUACCAGCAAAAAUUAGACCACUUUAUUUUAGGAAGUACAUGGUUAUAUCUGUGAUCCUACACUUAUCUUCUAAAAAAUACCAGUAAACUUCCCAUAUCAUUAAUAUUUACUGUGUGAAGUUUAUGGCAAAAGGAUUUUUGUAUUAAUCUGUGCUGUCAUCCUUAAUACCUAGCAUAAGGGUGUAAAUGGCAGUGCUCAGCACAGCAGUGGCUGCCAUACAGGUGGUACUUGUAGGCACCAAGCUUCUGGCACAGAACUGGCUGCUCAGUCUCGUCAUUAAGAUGUGUGUCCCACUCCUCCCUGCUUCCCUCCACAUCCCAGCUCUGCAACCAUCCACCUUCUCCCUCGGGCUGCCUCUGGGGGCUCUCCCACUCACGCCUCCUCUUGCUCAGGUCCCAGAUGUACAGCUGCAAAUCCUCCUUCAUGCUGAAUCCUUACUGAGCUGACUCAACUUUGCUAAACCAUCAGAAAAGCAUUGCUUUUUUGUUUGUCAAUUAAACUUUCUGUCAUUUUAGCAAGCAGAUUCCAAGAAGCAUGAGAGCUGGCACAGUAGGGAAAAAAAUGGAUAAAUGCUGUCAGAAGCAGUGAAGAGAAAUUAUAAACUAGGAUAAAGCAGAACACUAGCUCUAUUCAAGAGCAGACUCUUAUACGAGGUCCUACCAUUGAGUGUCUAAAACUGAAGCAACAAAAUUGCAACGAGCUCAAUUACUUAGAAAUGAAUGUCUGAAAAGAGUAUUAAUUGCUAAUAUUUAAGAACUCAUUUGCUUUGAAACUAAGCAUAUUAUUUAGAUGGCAAUUUUUUCCUAAGAAAGCAUAGAGAAUAUUUACAAAGCUCAAGCUGUAACAUCAAAGCGCAAGUAAAAAAAUCGGCUUGCAGGUCUCUUGCAUGUGAUGAGGUCAGCAUAACACAACAGCAGCACUACUGGCAAUCACUUCUCUCUUUCUCAAACUUCUUCCUCAGUGUGAGAGAAAAGCAUUAACACAUGAAUAGACAGUGAAAUAGAUAUAAAUAUUUCAGAAUAUAUUUUUCUGACAAAAUUGGGUCAGAGUAGCCAUGGACUGGAAUUUGAAAAUGUCGAUCUAUGUUCAAGGAUGAAUGGGAGGAAAAAGGAAUUAAAAAACAUUGCAAGGAGAGCACUGUUGCAAAAAACGUUUAACAACAAUAGCUACUGAACUUAAAGAAAAUGCACCAUUUCCAUUAGCAAAGCAUUACGCAAACCAUUUUUACUACAUUCAGACAGUAAAUAAUGAUUUAUUUUCCCUAUGUAAUCUGAACAAAAAUAUCCAAUGGGUGAUCACAUUAAUUAAAGGAAAAAUCUAGCUCAGUAAUUUUAAGCAAAACAACUCAUCUGGCUCUAGUUACAGAAAUGUUGUGGUGUUGUGAUGUGAAUUCUGCUGAUGACGUAUGUUUUGUUUAAAGGACACUCAUGCCCUUUAGAAUGAAAAUGUAGUGUGUCUUUACCAAUAGAACUGUUAGGAAAAGUCCUCCUGGGUAGAGCCACUGAAUUUCUUUACAAAUCUGGAUUGCAUAGUCAUGGUUCUUACAAAGGCAUAGAUACACAGCUGUGGUAUCAGUCUGGUACUACAGAGAUCUAUUCUGUAGAAAGACAAAAUACCCAAACCUCCCUCUUGGUCUCCCUAAUGCUAAUCUUCAAUUCAAAGAAAAAAUCUUUUUCAUCCAUGAAAAAAUGUAUUUGCAUGUAAGUGCUUUUCUGGAAAAUUUCAGAUAAAUGCACAUAAAACUUUCAUUUUCAGGAUAUACACACAUGAUACAGAAAUGAAGCUAAUGUUUGUAAUUUGUUUUGCUUGUUAAUUCUCUAUUCUGCAAAAACUGCUUUUCCCUUUUCAAUUAAACUUGUCUCUCAACAGCUUUCUUGCCCCGCAGCUAACUUGAGAAAAAGUUAACUCCUAUCAAAAAUCAACAUUGUUGCAGCAUUCCCUAGCUUUUCACUUCAAAAUACAGAAAAGGUCAUAUAAAAAUGACUGGAACUUGCACAGAAAUUAUUUUUAAAAUUAUGCAUCUGAAGAAGCAAAACUUCCUGUCCUAACAGAAGUUGCAUACCUACAGAUAUAUCACAUACAUAAUUAAAGCACAGGACAAACUUCCUGACAUAUAUGAACACAUCAAACCUGUUAAAAUCAGUACAUCCUGAAACAUAAAAGGAAGUACAUCAAUUUUAAGAACAGCAUGCCUACAGCAUCUUUUCUCAUAAAUAGUUUUCUAUUUGUUACACUAAACACACUGGAAAGAAAAACUUAAUACCUUUUCAAACAACUUAAUUAAGUUUUCAUAAAAAGUUUGCUAUGAAGAACUCUCUCUGAAAAGGGGAAUAUUUCUAAAGCAAAGUCUGUAUUAACCAAAUGAUCAUAGUUAUGAACCAAAUCACAGUAAUUUGGAAUGACUGUGAGCUUCUCUUCAAUAAUUAAUUUCUUUACCCAAACUAAAACAUCAGCAAAUAUGCAUCCAGAGCAUGAAAAUCAGAUAGCUCAGAGACCCUUUUCCAUACAUAUGUGCAGUAAGCAUUGUGUGAUCAUACAAACCCUGUCCACAGAAUGAAAAAGCCGGUUUACCCUGUAAACCAAAACCACAUAAGUAAAACUCAGGACUCAAAUUAAACUACCAUUUAAUUUGGCUUUUAUUAAAGUAACUUUUAUUUCCUCUGAUUUAAGCCUUAGAUUAAAAUAAACAACCAAGAUUCAAUAUCUAUAGUCAAAAUUAAGGUGAAGCAGUGCACAGACAAGAAUAUAAUAGCAAAGCAAUAACAACACUUAGACUCAUCGUGGGGCUCCACAUAUUUUGUUUGCUCACAUGGUUUAUGGAGUGCAACUGGCUCACACUUGGACCUCUUGGAAUAAGUCUCUGGGCAACAACACAUGCCCAGGUGUCACCACCUGCCUUUCGUUCAUUUUGCUUUAUUGAGAUCUCUACAGUUUAUGUUUCCUACUUGUCAUAAAUAAGGAAGUACAGUGUGCUAGUACUUCACAAGAAGCAUCGCUUGUGAAGUUGCAAGACUUGAGACUCCUGAAAAUACUCAAUAUUAUUUUUAUGAACACUUCAUAGAUAAGUAUUUUUACUUUCAAAUCUUAUGGGUUAAAUUUAAGAUUUAAACUGAUAUCCAGAAAAAAAGAUGAAAACUUAGAUACUUUGAGAAAUACAAGGUGAAUAAUUUUUGUAUCAAGAGAAACCAUGGCACUUCAUAUAAUUCAGUGAAGUACAGUGUCUUCCUAGUCCAUUAAAUUUCAGCAGCCUUUUAAUAAUUGAACAUUUUUCUAAAUAGCAUGAAGCUGAAUGAUUAAAAAAGGUCUUUCAUUUUAAUAAGAAAUUAAUCUAUUUUUUUAAUGAGGGUUAACCAGGCUGGUUUUUUAGUACCAAGGAGGCUCACGGAAGAAGGCAAUUAUUAAACAGCUCUAACUAUCUAUAUGUAGGCUGGCACAAACACUUAUUCUAAAAUGAUGACAUAUUCUCAAAACACUUUACCCUGAAGUAUUCCACUUCUAUAGUACAAAUACUCUACAUCUGGAAAAUCCUUAUUAAAAUACUAUGUUUUUUAGCAUCUAAGUUAAAUUGCAUAAUAGCAUCUAUGUUGCUGCAGAAGUAACAUGGCUAUGCAUGGAUAAAGCUAUUUAUAACUGAAAACUCCUGUUAAGUGCUUGUGCUGUCACACAGCAGUCUUGCCCUAAUACUUAAAAAGCCUCCCUAAUGAAGUCUAUGUUACAAGGCCAACUAGCUCUUCAAAUACCAGAAGCUUUAUAAAAUAUUCGCUAAGGACAGCAAUCUUUCUGUAUUGUAUCCCUUUUUUAGCGUGUUUCAUGUCUAAAGGUCCACUGGCCUCACUGACCACAAUCAUGACUUCAAGGGCAUAAUUUCAAUAACUGAACAGGUGUUCACUGACUGACUGACAUCCAAAACAAAACCUCCAUGGAGACUGAGUCUCUCUCUUCAAAGGAAUCAAUCACAACUGGCUAUACAGCACUAGUUUAAAUUCUAAUUCCUACUAAACAAAGGGUAGAGGUGAGAGAUCAUCUCUGAGGUCAAAUUUCUCAAAAGAAAAUGCAAAAAAAGGAUGUCAAGUUCAUUUCGUCCAAUAAGGGAUAGACAUUACAAACUUGUUUCAUUACUAAAGAAGACUGAAAAUGUGCUGCCCACUUCUAAGUAAACCCUGUGUUUCAGCUUUUCAGAUUUUUCUCUCUUCAUAAAUCCUAGACAGCACAUUUCACUUUUGCUACAGUAACAUUAAUUUCUUGAGUGAUUUCCUGUUGUACUAACUGCAUUUUCAAACACAAAUUAUCAACUGUACUCUGCCUGGAAUAACUCUCUUCAGUUUCAACCACAAGAAUAAUUCUGUUGUUUCCUCUACACUGACACUGGCGCAUUCCUUUGUCUCCCAAAGAAAUGUAGCCUACACUUGCCAAGAGUCCAUGCAUCAAUAUAUGCAUAAAUACAUCAACAUUAAAAUAAAAAACACCCACAGUUACCUAUAUCUGAAUUGAAAAGCCCUCAAUCAGAACUUGAGCCGGACAACCAUUAAGUGCUUCUGUUUUCCUGAAUGAUGUAAUAGCUAAGUCAGAAUGAUAGUUAACUAUCAAAUUAUAACUGAUCACACAAAAAUAAAACAAUAAACCUACCAGAAAAUGCAUUUAAAAACCAUUUUGAGAUAUAUUUAUUUACUUAUAAGACUAAUUCCUAAUGAAAUAUGAUUUAUGAAAUAUACCAUUUGUGUAUCUACCCAUAAUUUUUGAUCUAUGUAGCAAAUUCUAAUUUAAUGUAACACCAGGUGAAGCUUUUGAACAUACAAAGGUCCACAUUUUGUGACCCAAACUCACCAGAUAAAGAUGAGCCCUUGAAUGUGUUUAUCAAAGGAAUAAAUAAGAACACGUUCUCUUAUUCAUUUAAAAAAAUGCAGCAACCAGCAGAGCAAUUAGCAAAUCUGUAAGUAUAAACCAGCAACAACAUAGAGUGACAACUGUCCAGAGAAGUGUACAUGUAAACAACCUGUAAAGAAAAUAAACUUAGUCAUUUCCCUGCCCAUGGGAAAACCUAUUUUUAAGAAGAACUUUCAGAAAAGUUUUGUUUGUUUUCAGGGUAUUAUGUCAUAGGAUUAUUAAAAUUUUUCACUGCCACUGUCAAAUCUAGGACUGACUACACAGUCUUACCCGGAUUCAUGUUCAUAAACUUCCAAACUGAAAUCAUUAAGAUAUGAAAGAAAGAAGGCUAUAUAGCCUUCACCAAAUUUUAAUUCAAAUCACAGGGAAACAACACUUUAAUUCCCAUUUACUUUCUACUUUAGUUUUUAUACACUGUGUUUCCUAGUUACAAGCUGAGGUUGGUAGUAAAUUCAGUAUAAUACAUUUCUGAAUGCCUGGUUUAUAAGGUCUUCAGAAAAAGGAAUUUACCUUCCAAUGAAUCCUACUGUGAAGAAUAUGGAUGCUUUUAUAAAAUAAAUAAUGAAUAAAAUAUGGUGAGGACAGCUAGAAAAUGUGCUAUACCUGACUGAUUUACAGGUCAUACCUGACUGGCUAAUGACUCUCUUCUACCUGUUUCAGAUACUUUUACUAUCAAGGUUUUUUGACAUAUGUAAUCUAUUCCUCAACAUCCAAAUGAAGAAACAGAUUAUCAGGGAAAAAGACAGAGAAUGGAAACAAGAUGAAAGACAACCUCAGAAAAACUCACACUUCCAUUAAUUAUGCACAAGUACUUAGAUAAGAGAGAGCAGAAAAUAGUGCAAUGAAUUUAAAACUACACAAAUAAAUCAAGGGAAACAAACAGCCUCUACUUCAGUGGAAUUUUACCCUUACAGUGGCCUUACAAAAACCAAAGAAAUGCUUACAAAACAGGGCAUAACCUACUAUGAAUCAAGGUGGCAGAAUCUAUCCAUUAAUCUAUAAUGAUAUUUAAAGGACUAUUUGUACUACUGCACCUAGUAAACCAGUUUUUAAAAUAAAUUAUAUAAACAAAUUAGUGGCAUGGAUUUUUUCUUCAGCUUAUAAAAGAGAUGGAGGAAAUAGCCCUGCUUCUUUCUGCUAUUACCAUCAUUAACAUUGAAGUUUUUGGCUGGAAAAGAGUGUUUAAGCUUAAAUCUCUCUACCUUAGUCUUUAAAAUGAGCCUCUGAUAUACAGACCAUGUUAGCAGUAAAAAAUUAAAUAUAUUAUCAGUGAAUUUCACUGAUGCUCAGUUAGACACAUACAAAAUACCAAGUUUGGGUAAUACAAAUUCACCAGAAAACAUUUUUAAAAGAACACAUUAGCACAGACAAGGCUUGUUCUAUCUGUGUCUUUAGGAUAAAGUCACUCAUAAAUAUAAUCAGCCAUGUAAAUGCGUUCAAAAACCUCAAGAUAAAGCUAACAUUAAAAAUUAAUAUCAAAACUACAACAAGAACUUCCUAUUUCUCCAAUUCCAUUAAGAUCAAAAAUUCAGUCAAGUGUUUACCUGAACACAAAUGAGAAUACUGAAAAAGAACUGAGGAACUAGAGGAAAGAAAGACACCUUUAUGUUCACAUCAGCCUUUCCCCUGCCUUCAGGCCAACUGCUCUUCACUCUGCUGACUUGGCAUCUUUUAAAGCCACAUUCUGUCUUUCACUGUUGAAAACCACUGGAGACAGCAGUUUGGGACCUCUUAAGAACUGCACAGUAAGGAACUAAAUAAAAGCUAAAUUCAACUCAAGCUACUAUUUCUGAGGGGUUUUUAUCUUAUUGCUUUUAUUAAAUAGGGUUAAUAUUUUGUUCUUUUAGAAAAUAUGCACCAUUUUCCUAAGCAAACCUCCUCAAAAUUUAAUAUGAUAAUAAUAGUAUAUUGAUAUAGGAUUAGUAGUAAGCAAUCCUUUUGUUUGUAAUUGAAUAAACAACAGCAAUUAAAGAACAGCAGAUGUCAAUACUUGCAUAGAUAGCCAUAAAGCUCCAAAUCAAUACCUGCUUCCAGUUCCAUUUAUGAAGACACACUCUCAUUCCCUAAUGGCUACUUAAAGUGAUACAAGAGGAAAUACUUGCCAUUUUUGUAGCAAGUUUACACGAUUUGACUUUUUAAUACCAAAUUACUUUAUGAAUGAAAGAUAUUCAAAAAGAAUAAUGAAAUAUUAUUCAAGUUUUUGAGAUUGAAAGUUACAUAGUCUUUUAGGCACAUUUUUAAGUAGUCCAUGCUCCUGGGGAAGGAGAUGCUUCCCUGUAGUGUCUUCUCCCACUGGGGUGACAAGCAGUGGAAGCCCACUGUUUUUCUACUGGUGUCACCUUAAGAAUGUAGAGUUUAAACCAGAUUUACUGAAGCAGAGAAAUAACUGGAAUACAUUAAAAAAGUAAAGAUUGAUAUUUGGGUUCAAGUGUAAGAGGUUUUUUCUCUUUAGUAAGGCAGUUAUUUGUGAUAUGCCAAAAAUCAGAAUGAUGGUAGGUAGCUCUUAAAGAAGUUACCAGAUUUAGACACAGUUCAUGUAUUAUACACAUAAUCUUCCAGAAAGGAGUGAAGGAACUUUAUUAAAGCAACUACCUCACAAAGAGGCAUUUUAAACUUUAAUGUAUACAUUAAUAUACAUUACAGUUUUCAGUGCUAACAUCAUGCCGACAUUGGCUUUUUUUUCUACUCUUAAAAAGUUAAAGAGAUAAGGUUAAAUCUUACCCGAAAACAUUUUCCAUUAAUGAACAUGUUUGAGAAAAUGCCACUACGGCAUUACUCUUCCAACACCUGAUAGUCCAAGACGUACUUGCUUCAGAAAUUACUGUAAAAUGGCACACUGGUAACAAGUAUCAGUCAACAUUAUGGAAAUUAUAAAAUGGCUACCAAUAUUAAGAUGUACAGAAAAAAAAUACUUUAAGAAAACCCAAUGCAGUGCAUUGAAGUCUCAUUUAAAAACUCUAGACUGCUCAAGUUACAAUCAUUCUAUUAAUAUACCCUCAACUGACAUUAAAGAAUUUUUUCAACUUAUUUCCAUUUUUGCCUGUUUGACUCAGGUACACAAUUUACAAAUCAAGUAUUAAGCCUUUCUUUUUGAGGAGAAGAGACAAGAUAGAGGGAGUAUGACUACUCUUGUGUUCAUCUAUUCAAUGACAAUCUCUUAAUUCCAUUUCCUACUUCCAUGACCGUUCACGGGGAAAUUUUAAAAUCAGGCAGUUAAAUAUAUAUUAACCUGCAUUAAAAUCAGGCAGUUAAAUAUAUAUUAACCUGCAUUCUUUACCCCAUCAUUCCACUUGGUUGAAAGCUAACAGAUACCAUGGUGACAGACACCACAGAAAUACUUAAAAUACUGUGUGUCAUUCUGUAGUGGUCCUGACACCAACAUCAUACUGUGUUCAAGUUAGAGGGGAAAUGGCAAAGACUACCAUCAUUGGAAAAGGUCAUGAUGACAGUUUAUGGUAAGUCAUUCAGCUGUUUCAUAGCAACUAGUAAAGAAUCUUACUUUCUAAAAAAGGGGAAAAAAUCAAAACUACUCGGAAAGACUCAUACAUAUAUAGUGGAAUGGCUUAUUCUUCCAUAUGAAAUUAAUAAAUUAUGCAUAACCACUUCUAAAUCUCCUAGAAUGAUAAGUCAUUUAACCCUUAACAGCUAGAGGCAGAGAAAUACAAUCAUGAAUUUUGAUCAUGUAUCUCCGCACUAAAGCUCAAAGAGUGAAGACAGAAGAAUGAGCUAAUACCUUCCAUGUAUGUAAUGUAUGUGUGGCAAAGUACUGGUAACCAAGCAACAGGCAGGAAACGUGUCAGAAAGGAAAAGCAUAUUUACAGUCCUAACAGACUCUCAUUUAUACACAAUUAUAGAUACCAGUUACAAGAGGAGAGGAUCAGACUGCACCAACCUUUUCUUUUUUAUUCUUCCAUUUUGCUCUACUACAGAUAUUGCCUGGGUUUUAAUUGGAUUAAUCUCACAUGCAAUUCAUACCAGAACAAGCAACUUGCCUAAAUUCUGCAUGAAUAGAUGCAGAAAUAGAGAAUGCAUCCUGAACUUACCUCCUACUUGUUUGGGUUUGUAUUUUAUUAGGAUUCUGUGUUAGUACUUCAUGUGAAUUAUUCACUUUUUCCGUAUAAUCAGCAGAAGACUCAGGAAAAAGAAAAUAUAUAUCAUUAGACAAAGAUAAAUAUAUUGUGUAUAUAUAUAUAUUCAGCAUGAUUUCUCAUGCAAAGACAAUUCUUCACAUACACACACACCUGCUUAGAGAAUUUUAUCUUUAACCUUGAAGUUAUUGAGACUUAGUCCAAAGUGCACAAGUUUAUUAAAUCCCCAAAUGGAGAAAUUCCAUUUUUUUUGUUAAUUCAUUUGUCCCUUUUAAACAUACAAAUGGCAAAUAGGAAGGUUGCCAUACAUAGUCACAUUUAAGCAUUUCUGGGAACACAAGUAUAGCAGAAACAAUGUCUAUCAAAGUUUUUUCAAACUAAAGCAUUUUAAAAACUCAAGGGAGUAGAGUAAGUAAUGAAGCAUUAAAUACAUUUUUACUCUUAUGUUCCCCUUUUAGUUAGUAUUUAUUGAAACACAACCAUUAAUGCCUGUAUUUCAAGCAAGCUGUGGAAGCAGUAGUGACCCUGGUCCUCAUUACAGCUGAAAGAUACUUGCCAAAUGCACCAGAACGCAUACACACAAUAAGACACAGGUCUUUUGGUUUGAGUUAUGGUUGGAGCCAUGAGGAAGAAGAGAGAUCUUUUCAGGGUAGAUUUCUUCUUCAGAGACAAACUCAAUGAAUUUUCAUUCUUACAUAGAAUAUAUUCUAUUUUUGAUACAAAUAUAAGUGCUAAAUCUAAAGUAAAUCACUUAAAUGGACACAACUGACAAGAGGUAUUGCUCCUAAUUUCUAAUAAAAAUUUCAAUACAUUAUUAUUAUUUAUAGCUUUGUAACAAAAAUUUAAAAAUAUGAUAAUCACACAGUCAUCUAGAAGUCCAGUAUAUAAUUUGAUUUUAUUUGAUCACCAUGAUACUUGUACUCUUUAUUACAAUCAAGAGUACAAUUUAAAUCAUGCUCACUGCAUUACAGGUUAUUAACUCAAAGAAGAUUUAAUAAAAUGACAAUAUAACCAAUCUGAGACUGAAAUAAGUCUUUAAAAAGUAGACCAUGAAGAGAAACAGUGAAGAAAUAUAAUUGGUCAUUUCUAGGAUUGCCAGUUGCCUCAGACAUUUCUUCUUUCAACUUUCCGUGAUACAGUAAUAUUUUAUAUGCCACAAGAAAAGAACACUAUUUUGAGAAAAUUGAUUAUCAAGUCCAACUUUUGACUGAUCACCACUUUGUCAACUAGACCACAGCACUAAGUGCCAUGUCCAGUCAUUUCUUGAACACUACCUCCCUGGGCAGUCUGUUCCAAUGCUUAACAACCCCUUUCAUGAAGAAACUCUUCCUGGUGUCUAAACAUCUAACAUACAAAGAUAGUCAAACAUACCAAGACUAGAUCCCCUAUUUAAUAUUGGUUUUUUUACAACAUAAGAAUGGUUGCACUUAUUCAGACUCAUGGUCAAUCACACUGUAUCUCACCUCCAUGACUUGUGACAAAUAGCUGCCUAAGGCAAAGUGAAACAAUAGAGGAAGGAUACUCCCUCCUCCCUAAUAUUACUUCAACUACAUGGAAAUUUGAAAUAGAUAAUAUUUCCAGAAUUCUCUAAUAAAACCCACUUCCAAGUGCUGUUAAAAAUAUGUUAGCUAUCCAGUCAGAGAGGAUCUAUUUAGUGUGAACUUAUGCAAAAAAGAAGAUAUUCAAAGCAUUCAUUUUCCUGCUUUCACCUGUUAGCAACUUUCCUCCCUGCUCAGCAGCAGGGCAAUUGCUUUUCUCAUUUUAUUCAAAAACCAACAACACAAGUAGUAGCAGAGAUAAUUAGAAAAUAAUGUCAUCUUCAAUUACUAUUAUGGUAAAUCCUUGGUGUGCUUCCACUGCUUCUUUUUACCACAGCAGACUCUUAUUCUGUUCCUUGAUGACACCAGAAUCAUCUAAUUGCUUUGACCCUUAUCAGAAGUAUCAAACAGACAUGUAAAGUGUUAACAAAUUGCUGGGUAAUCUCUUUCCCAGGCCAAAUUCAGAUUUUCUGUAGUGUGGUUCCGUUGUUUUUUUGGUUUUUUUUUUAGUUUGAAGUGUCCAUUUUCUUUUUCUUUUUUUUCUCCAAUCUUAACUCUCUCAGUUUUCCCAUGUUUUCCACCAAAAUGACAGUUAUGGAUCAGUAAAACAAAAAAGGGAAGAGCAGAAUAAUUACAGCAAAGACCCUCUGUCAUCUGAUUUUUCAUCAGGAUAAACAGAAUUACCAUAAAUGUCUACCUGGACAAUAAAUUAAUCCAUUCGAUAUGAAAUGACACAACCCCAAUGAAAUAAUAUUUUACAAUAUAAUAGACGCGAUUUAUGACAGCUCACUUUUCUGUGUCGAGUGCCAGCGCUUCUAAGAGAUUUAUUUAAUCAUAAAUGUUGAAAAAAUUCCACGCCAAACUCACCAAAAAAGUAUAAAUACAUAUUAUAUCUAGUUACACUUUGUUAGAACAGUGUGUUCCAAUAAGGGCUUUAGUAAAACAAAAUUAUACAACUUGCAGUAUCAUUUAAAGCAUUUAUAAUUUCUAGUGCACUGAAGUUGCCAAGAAACCCUGAGAAGCAGAUGGGCAUUACUGCUGUUAAAAUGCAAUCAGUUACACCAGAAAAGAAUUGUGCCUUUCAUACUUACAGAAGAAAUAUUACAGUUUCCUAUAAUUUAAUUUCUUAUUUUUAUUAACAAAUAGUAUAGAUGAACUGAUUUUUUUAAAAUCUGGUUUCCUUAGUAGAUUCCACUAGUGGCAUCACCAUUUCUAUUUAAGAACAUCAUAAAAAAAAAAAAAAAUCACUAUCUAGGCAACAUCUCUUUCAAAGAAUUCCCAGCAGCAAGCCGCCUGAAACUCUACCACUAAAGUUUUUGUAACUGAAUGCCAUAAAACAAAGCUUCAUUAAAAUCUUGAUUUGUUUAAAAAGUAGAAAAACCCUGCAGCUUCAAGACAAGGAAUAAAUUCUAAAUUCUACAUUUACUUUCAACUUUCAAUACCUUUCUCCUUUAUAUUCCAUUAUUUUCAUAAAAUACUGCCCAUUAAAAUCAUAUCCAUUACUAUCAAUAAAUAUCAUCAUUCAUCACUAUUCACUAGAGAAGCAGCCCUCACAUUCACUACAAGGCUAUAGUAUUAUAAAAGUAUAAACUAUAAAAUUUACAUGAAAUAUUAUUUCAAAGUCACUAUAAGUAACACAAAACUAAGACUUACCUGAGACUAACCUCCUAUAUUUGAUUACUCCAAUGUAAUUUUUCUGAACAUUUGUCUCACCAAAGAAAGAACACUACCUCAAGAACAUCCAAUAAAAGACUUCCAAAUGGGCAUAUAUAGUUUCCACUCUUUAACAGACAUAAUUUAACAUUUUUGAAUGUAUUUUUGUAUAGGUGGAUUACCUCAAAAUGCUCAAUAAAUUUUGAAGUUGUCCUAUCAGCAUGGUCCGCAUAGAAGAUUACAGUGAAUUGGAACACAUAUAGAAGAAAUGAAAUGUCUAAAUCAACAUGUUUGACAUACUUUUAUAAUGAGCCUCAUUACAAUUACACAACUAUUUUCUGUUAUACUAGCAGAAUAUUCAUCACCUCUUUUAUUUUCAGAAGUAGAUCACCUGAUUAAAAGAAACCAUGUUUUAUAACAGAGGGUCCAUUUUGUACUCAGCCACCCACAUUUGGACCAGUUUCAAAGUCAAGAUUGUUAAUCAAGGUGUUUCUACAGAUAGCAGCAUUUCUUUGGCUGUUGGAGGUAAAUGUCAUCUUUAAUUCAUUAAACAAACAGCACUUCUUUUCUCCUAGGCAGAAAAUGCUGUCAGCCAUAUAAUUUUCAAGAUAUUUUUUAAUAGAUUUAAGACAUUUUUUGCAGCAGUUUUUACUGAGAUAACAGGAAACUGGAUGAUGAAAAAGGAAGUCUCUGAAGCAUGAAUAUCUAUCCAUACACUCAAUGAAUGAUAUUUUUUAAAAAAAAGAAGAAAAAAAAGGGCACUGAACUGUCUGUAAACUGUCCCAACUAAUAAACAAAAUAGUCUCAAAUAUUUUUAGAAUCUCACUGAUUGAUAAAGUGCAUGAAAUUUCUCUCAUUAUUAAUUGUUCCUAAAGCUACUGAAAAGCAUGCAGCUGUUUCACAGAUCCCAUUUGCUUCUAGAAGGUAAUUUUUUACACAUCCUGGACCAGUCAAAUAAGAGCUAAAGCACCCAGAUAAAAGUUAAUUUCUGUAUUCUAAGACUUAUUUUCUUAUUUUUAUGUCUUUCUGUUAAACAUGAUACUGCAACACUGUUGCAAAAUGUGGACUAUGUAAAAAUCUUUUUAAGAAAGGAUGUUCUUUGAUUUUUGAUUUUUUUAUGCUUUCAAGCCUAAUCAACAAGAAGGGAGAUUUAUUAUUCCGUGAAACAGAGAGCAGCUAACAAGCAAGCUCCAAGUGACAUCCAUGAGUUAGAAACACAAAUUACUUGUUGGUAGAAUUGCCUUGUUAAGGUACCAAGCUGGACAUGCUUCAGCAAUCUCAGACCUAGCGGGAGGCUAACAAGGCUUGGGAAGUAGGAUGCCCACUGAAAGUGGACACAAAGAAUGCAGAAUUUAUAGACCACCUGGCAGAGCUCCCAAGGUAAGGAAGAAGCGAAUAAACCCAACCCAGCAACUGUGCUGAAAUGGGCUCCAACUGCCUAAAUGGUAAUUCCAGCAGGGGGGAUUGUGACCACUGGAACAAGAAACACACCAACUCAAAAAAAGAGAAAGCCUGAGCAUGUGGAGUAAUCAGCAUGGGGAAUGAGAGAAUCAUUAACCAACAUAAGAUAGAAUACUAAUAAAUUAGAAAACUAUGCAAUUUGUAGCUAAUGAACACUAAUUCCCUUGUUUGCUAAAAUGUACAAAUAGUAAAAAUUUUUGAUAGUUGAUCAUUGGCUGGCUGCACAUAAGAAACAACUGUGAUUUUUGGAGACAAUACCCUUCCCACUCUCCACUCCCUGCAGAGGAAAGGGAAAAAUGGUCCUUGAUGACUAUUCCCAAAAAAUGAAUUAAAAUUGUAGAAAACAGGUGACAGGGAAGAUAUGCUAUUCCUCAAGAGGCAGGUGAAAAAAAUCUCCUACAAAGACAAAGGACAGAACAACAAAGCUUCACUCUGCAUACCCAGCCUAUUCCAUCUGAGGAUAGAUUUCAGGGAACACCAUUCAAAUACCCAGCAGGAAGCAAUGCCUGACUUUUCUGAAGAUACUCAAAGUUUCUGGAUGAACAAAACCACAGCUUAACUUCCUGUUUCUUCCCAUCUCACAAGUAGUCAUGUCUCCAUAAGAGAGAUUUUAACUGCAUAGAUGUAUUAUUUUGCAAGCAUUGAAUUUUAAUGUUCAUCUCUAUUUUGAAGUGGCAAUCAAUAAGACAGUUUUUUCCCAAAAAGCAGUUCUCUGAAGUAUACCAGAAUCAAAGGCAGAAGUUGUAUGCAUUAGGCACAACAAUGGGAAUGGGCAAUUCUGUUCACUGAUGAUGCAGACAUCUAUCUGUACCUGCUCAUGUGAGACACAUGUUGUCCUGCAGGUACCACAGCUGCAAGAUUGUGCCUGAGGCUUCCUCUGUGCUUCUGCACAGCCCUGUUGCCUCUCACCCAGCUCUUGAUGGCCAUGCCUCUCUGGUCUGCAAAUCUUUCCUCUUCUACCCAAGCACGCUUUCUGUCAGCACGUGAGCUGACAGAAGGGUACUGUGACAGGAGUCUUUUGCUGUCAUUAUGCAGGAUUCCUGCAGUGUGGCAGGAGACCAUGUGACAAAUCACAGAAGCAUGAGUCUUGUGCUCCCCUCUGAGACUUGACGUCUUUGUGAUUGGAAAAAAAGACAGAGAUUCCUUAACAAAGCUGAAUAAGGCAUAAAGCAUGAUACUCAUAAUCCAGCUGACAAAUGCAUUCAUACAUUGAGUCACUCAAAAAAGCACAUAAUGAAAAAACAAAGUAUAUAUUUGCAUAGUCCACAGCUGAAUGGAAAUGGAAAAUAAUUGCAUUAAAGUAUAUUUAAAUAACCAGAUAAUUAUUAAAAGUUAUUGGGUCUUCCCUACUGUACAUUCCUAAUCCAGAGGAAGAAAGAAGCAUUGGACACCAAGGUGUAAAGGUACACUUUUUGACCUGUAGUUUCAGUGGCAAAACCAGAAUUGCAUGCCAAAUAGGUGUGUGAAGAUGCUAUCUGCAUCACCCCAGCACUACUCAGCAAGAGGCUAAUUCUCUCCUAGGACAUUUUUACUUGACAAACUUUCAAAAAUGCAAUUUAAGAAAUUGUAACGGAGCAUAAUUAAAACACUCAGCAUGCAAACAGAUAUGCAUUGCAUUGCAUUGAGAUUAGUUUAUCCUGAAAAUACAACAUCCUUGAAAUUCUAAAAGAAACAUGAGGUCUCAAAAUACAAUCUUCCUCAAAAUUCUAAAAUUUUAAAAUGAAAUGAAAGAGAGUUAAGUGGAAUCUGUCACAAAUAGUUAUAAAGGUUUUUCCCCCAUUUGCCAAUGAUGCUGGAGUGAAUCCUCAGGAUAGGAAAAAACCCUCAACCAAACACCAAAACCAACCAGAACAUCCUCCUUCUGAGACACAAUCCCAGUCCCUGCUCCACAAGUGAGCAGAGAAACUUCAGUUCCCAGGAUUCUUCAGUUGAAUAGUGAAGUGCUGACUAAAAUGCAAAAGAAUGAAUCUCAGAAAAGAAUGCCCCUACAUCUAUAAAAAACCAGCAAAAUAAUGCAGUUAUGAUAGAGAGACAUUUGUAAGUUUCUCAUCUUUCCUGAUUUUUUUGGAGUGCACACCUUCCAGUGUGCUCUCUCAGUGGAACCUGAUUCAUUGAUAUUCCCCUUCCAAAAGGGAGCUGGAUUCCUUUCUGCUUUAGACUUCCUUACCUAUUGUUAGAACCAGCUUUUAAGCAGCCUGCGACAGUGAAUUCAUUACUUCAUUAAUUCUUAGUCCUGGCAAAGGCUCCAGUAGAUGCUUUCAAACAAGUAAAAUGAUAGGAUUAAAUGCAUAAACCAUAAAAGGUUACUUAAUUGACUGGACAGUAACAGAGAAUUUGGAAAAGCAAACUAAAUUCCAGUAUCUUUACUAUAAUGAAUUCAUUACUUAAUGGGCUAGAUCUUAAACUAUACCACUGCAGUAGUCCUUAAUUGUGUCCUAAUUGUUAGGCAAGUUCAAAUUAUAUUUUUGUGUACAGAUUUCACUUGAAAAAAGCUUAUAAAAUGAGUCUUUAGAAAAACCUGCAUACAAUCUGAAAGAAGGAAAAAAGUACUUCCUUUUCCUGAAUAAAACAUGUAUGAAAGCAGCAAUACAGCAGGAAGAUUACUGAGGUUUUCUACCUCUCCUGGAAGAGUUCAGAGAUCAUUCCUCUCUUACUGGGAAACUAGCAAGUUUUGUGUCUUUUGUGGGAUGGCUCUGCCCUUCUGCAGAAUACAAACAUCAAACUCAUUUGUCACAUCACAAGACAGAGAAUGAAGCACACAAGAUCAUUAUGAAACCACCUGAAUUACAGGCAUGUGUUCUUCAGACACAUGACUAUCUGCUGGGUGACGUCUACACAUAUGGCUCACAAACAAUAUUAGUUAACCUAGGAAAAAACUUACAGGAAACUAAUAACCUUUCAGAUAAAUCUGAAACUUAAAAUUUGAACCUUAGUUCAACUAAAGGCUGACCGAUAGAAUUUCAGUGAAAUUAACAUUUAUCUAUUAGAAAAAAAGGACACAAUAUUUUACAUCAGUGAAUGUCCAAAAAGCUUUUUCAAUUUCAGUAAUUUUGCAACCACAUAAUAAUUUUUAAGGGAACUGUUUUCAAAAUUAUAUAAGACAUGAAGUAAGAAGAAAGAGGACCUAUUGCUGAUUGCUUUAUGGAAACAAGCUGUACCUAGGCAUUUACAGAUAAUAGCUUAUACAAUUUGCAAACCAUGGGCUUUAAUAAAAAUACAAAUACUGAUCUGUACUUCCAUUUAAAUCUUCCCUUCAUAAACAUAUACUUCCCCUACCUAAACUCUAAUAUAUUGAAGAUCAACAUAGCACGUGUUUGGAAAAAAGAAAAGCUUUUGCAACAACUUAUCCCAACAAUCCAGACAAUAUUAAUACUAUUAGUUUUAUACUGCUGUUCUGAGAUGCAACUGACAUCAAACCUUAUUUUUCACCCUGUCACUGAAAAAAAGGGAGAUCUUUCAGAGGAUUUCUAGCAAAACCUUUUAACUAAGAUAAGUUCAACAGCUCCAGAGAACUGUGUUACCAAUUUCAAAGUAAAUGUAGACAGACUACAGUUUACCCAAAGCCUGCAACAUUAAAGAACUCCUUUCCAUGAUUCCUCUCAUCUGAAGUGUACUAUUGAAGAACAGCAUCAAGCUAAUAUCAAGAUAGGAUUGUGUUCAGAUAUUUACCCCUAUGAAGAGCUGCAGAGAUGAGACAGAGUAACUUCUCACAGCUAUGAAGUCUGCAAAGGAUGCAAAAUUUUCCAUUAAUUCUUACUUAUCACAGAAAGGACAAUAUCUUUUACAAUGAGAAUCACGACAGGACACAGAAUCUAGAAAGCAACAAACCCUUCAUGCUUAAAUUUAAAAUUAAUCCUCCAGAUCUAAGAAACCUCAGAAAAGCAAAGCUCCAUGAAUUCAGGGAAUGGAGAAACUAACAAAAUAUGAUAGAAGUACAACUGCAGAACAAAUGCAGAAGUUCAAAUGCAGACUUCUGUAAAACCUAGAAAAAGAAAUGCCAUUUGCAAAUACCAUAAUAAUGUAGCAUUUCCAAAAUAAUUUUUUAUGGAGCAAUUAAGUGGGUUUUCUUGCAACAUUUAUAGUGUUUUGGCUGUUAAGUCAUACUCAGUUGGGAAAAAGCUCUCAAAAGCAAUUUUCUGAAUAUGUUUUCAAAGCCAUGCUAUAGAAAACAGUUAACAAUUAAACCAAUUCUGGCAGGGAAGUGGAAAACAUAUUAAGAAGUGAAACAAUAAAAGGGCAAUGAAGUAUUUGGAUAUAGGAUAUCCAGGCUGAAUAUUUCACCUGUCUAGAAUCAAAGAGGAAGCCUGUGCUGAAGGCAUCAAUGAGCUUCUAAAAAACUAUUUACACUCUCGGUUGAGAAGUACCUACAAUCUUUCUUCAGAAUAAGAUAUACUUAAACAAAUACUUUGUAACUAGGAUGAUUAAAUUAGAUAUAUUUUCCUUUAAGAGCAAAAAUCAAACAAAUUUACCUUUGAAAUGAACAGCUGUGAUUACUACAGACCGUUCAAAUCUAAUUAGUCUUUCUUUUAAGGUUUACAUGCUGUUGCUGAAGUUUUACAAACAUCAACCAAGGUGAUACUAAUGUCUAAAUAGCUGCCACUAUAUUUUAUUACAGUUAAGUAGAACUGUAGAAUAACUAAAGAAAAUAAAAACAAGCUUCAAUUUUAAGUAAUUUUAUGUAAGUGAAGACUUCAAAGUAAACAAAAAGCAAUUUGGGAUUAAAAAGAGUAUGAAAGUUUUGGGGCUUUUUUUGUAACAUACUGUUAUACUGUCUCCUACAGCAAAACCACAUAAUUUUGUUUUAGGGGCAAGUGUCUUGCAAUACAUUUGGCAAUAAAUAGGCAGAAAAGAAAGCAAACAAAAAUCCCAUGAAUCCUCACAAGCAUAUAAUUCAUAAUUAUCCAGGGCAGCAAGUUUGUGCUGUGCCUUGUAAAUUUGCCUGAAAUAAAUGUGUUUGAAUAAAACCCCUAGAAUCUACUUGGGUGAAAUCUUGUCUUUAAAAGACCCCCUUAUCACAGGCUUAGUGAAACCACUCAAGGAGUUACAGAACACCUUCAGCAAAUUAUGGAAGUGCUUUGACAUGUUUCCCAGGUUAAACAUUUUCCAGAUUUCAGAAAGUUGUAUCGUAGUUAUGCUCAAUUCCCUGCUAAAACUGUAUAACAGGAAGUGCAUCUACAAGGAAUAACUGACUUCUUUCAAUACUAGAAACAGACUCACCCUCUACUUCCUGCCUUUCAAAAAUCAUCCACCACUUAACAUUGCUAGUCUUUAUUUAACAUAAAAAUAAUUAUAAAAGUAUUGAAGAUGUCCAACACUUAUUUCUUAAUGAGACAUGAAACUCUGUUAUUAAAAAGGUUAUCAUUUUCCUGCUUCCCAGAAAAGUGCCAUGUUCACACUAACCUUUUAACUAACAGGAACAGAUGGGUCUAACUGGAUACAGGCGUGAUGGGGCAUUGUGGUAGAGCAAAAGAACAUGUUGAUUCUCAUACCUCUGGCAGAUGGGAACCAGUCAAAAUUAAUUUUAGACUAAAAAUGUUUUGCUGCUUCUCAGUAAAAAAAAAAAAAGAAAAUAAAAAAACCCACUUGGAACAAUAUGCUAUUUUAUACAUGCCAUCAGAGCUCAGACAACAGCAGCUUUCACAAAGUUGGUACCAUACAUUAAAACCAAUUACAUAGACGUACUGUAUGCCAUUUUUAAGUCUGUGAAUAAAUUAGAAAUUCCUGAAAACAGUAGCUUAUAAUGGAAGUGCUGACACAACCUUAACUACAGCAGCAAAUGUGCUGCUAUUAUGAAGUUGUUAUGGCAACUAGAAAGAUCAAACUGAGAAAGGAAGAAUAUGCAUAAGCAAAACUUCAAAAUCUUUUACAUGGUCCCCCACAAACUCUUUCAAAUUUUGUGGUCACAGUGUUAUUGCUCCUUACCGUUACAAAAAAACAAAACAAAACAAAAUAAACAAUCAAACAACCCAAAAAAAGCCUGCAAAAUUUGCCUUUAACACAGGUGAGAAGUAGGGCUGCCAAAAUAGUGUAAAAUCCAAAACAAACUGAAGGUCAUAAUCCAUUUUGUUCAUAAACAGUCUAAAAAAUAGAGUCUAUUGAAAGAUAUCUGGCCAACAUCUGGUGAGCACAUAUUCAUCAGAUAACACAAGUUAAAAAACAACAAUUAUGCAAAACUGCUCAGUCUUCAAAACUGUUCCAUAAUUUGUUACCAAUCUGAAUAGCAACCUGCUGUAAUUUGGCUGAAUCAAACAGACAGUGCAUUCACAAAUACUGAUCCAUUAAUUAAAAUGUGAUUAAAAAUAUAAUUCAAGCUCAUAUACUUGUGAAACAAUCAUGACUUACCCUUCCUAACACUGUGUUACACAAAAGCAGAAAUCUUUGGCUGUUUCUAAUAUUGAAAUAAUGGGAGAAAAAACAUACCAGGGCAGUCAACUUUUAAUACACAAAAAUACUCAAAGUAUGAUUUUUAAAACAAGUUCAUUAGAAUCUGUGCCAGCACCCCAGUUAUCUUUCCCCCCCAAAAAAAUAAAAAAAAAUUAAAUGCAAGUGUUAUUCUUGCAAAAUUUAAAAUUUCGCUGAAAAAAAUUUCCAACAAAAUGUCAGUAGCAACCAACAGCAAUAGAAAUAAUGUUAAAUUAUCAUUAUUAGGAGUAGUGGUACACAUUUUUAUUAUAGCAUUCUGUCCAAAUUCAUCUACUAGCAAUACUUUGACUUGAAAAGUAGAAAACAAAUUGUUUCUCUUCUUUUCAAAGAAUUUCAUAUUAAAGCCACUUUCUCUCAAGUCUAGCUUUACUGCCUUUACUAAAAUCUAGGAAACACAAAAGUCCUCAGAUGUCUGACAUGAUAAAGAGUUGUGCUAAGUACUUUUACUCACUCAUUUCCUAGGUAACAAAAAUGCCUUUUCUUCUAAGCUAACUCCUUCCAUUUCUCUUCUGAGCUUGUUGAUCUAUAUAAUUUUCCAGGCUAUGGGAAAUAGUCAUUUAAUGAGAAGAGAAUCAAUUUUAAGAAAUGCCUAAGUAUCUACUUUCACUGAGAACUAACAGAUAUUGCUGCUAAAUUAAAAAUAAUUUUAAGAUUCAAGUUGGCACAUUCUUAAGUCAAAAAUUAUUCUCUGUUAAUUAUCCAUUUUAAAAUUUUAAAACUUUGAAUACUGUUUUUUAUUUUCUGGCACAACAUAUUCUAUAUUAAACAUUGAAAAAUACAGUUUUGCAGAUGAACAUCAUUUAGGAGGAAGAUAAUCAAAUAUUCCAUUGACAGAAGAGACUUACUUAAUCUGCAUUAAUCAAUAAUUAUUGAUAUGAGAUCAGAACAAAUACACAAAACCCCCCACCCAAAAAAAAAAAAGGGAUAAAAGAAGGCAAAAGAGUAUUGUUUUCACAAAGGCAAGAAAUACUUCUAGGCAACAAAAGCAGAAAUAAUGAUGACAUUUUCUUCAGAACAUUAGUUCUUCAGCAAUUUAAAAAGCCUGAUAAAUACACCACUUUUCUCUGAAAAGCAACCACUAGUUAUCAACUUGCUUGAAGCAGGUUAUCUUACAGCUCUCUAAAAGCUGAAUGACAAUAUUCAGAAAAAAGAUAAAAAUAGGAUUUCCAUGUGCAUAGCUGUUUGUUAGAUAAAUGGUAAAUAUCUGAUAAAAUUCUCAAAAAGGAAAAUGCUUAGAAGUAUUCUCUUACACUAUGUCUUCUUUAAGGGUUUUUUCAAAUUUAUUUGCAAUUAAUUUACAACAUUAGUGAUGCAUUUUAUAACUUGUAAAAAUCGCUCAUUGAGAUACAGCUUUACUGACCACUCAGUCUUAUUAGAAAAAUGUUUUUUCCAAUAUAUUUGACAAAUUACUUUCAUACAGUGGGGGUAAUAUUUGGCCUUUAGGACUUGAAGAGUCCAUAACUAUUAAUUGUGAAUGGACUAACACAGACAAUACAUGGCUUAAUACUAUUUGCAAAGCUACCAGCUUUGAUACAGUAAAUAUUAAAUAUCACUGUGAGAUUGCAAUGAAAUUUCAGUGAGCUCAAAUCAAAUGCUCACACACUUAAAAUGCAAAAUGUUUUUAAAAAAGCAUUCUGCUCACUUCUUAUGCAACUUUUAAAAAGCACUCUUCUUAAAGCAGGUAAGUACGUUCUUCACCUUAGAUCAAAUUUUCAGGUGCAGAGUUUCAACCUAUUGUUAACUAAAGCUACAUAGUAGUCUUUUGUGCAUAAGACCACUCAAAAAAAAUAGGAACUGAAACAGAAGUCGGUCCAAGUUUGGGACUUUUGCCUCACUACAAAGUUAACUUUUCCGCUGUCACAAAGUUAUGCAGAAGACAACAGGUCUGUGACCCCAAUGAAACAAAGUAGAGGGAUGUAGCCAGUGCCCUGUGAUUCCUUACUACUGCCUCAGAGGCCUGAGAACUUCAUGUCAACUGAUGUGCAAGAACUUCAAGUCAACUGAUGCUAUUCAUAGACAUGGAAUCCCUCAUCAGGCCACCCCGUGAGUCCAAGAUAACCCAGCUCUGUCAGGAAGUAGUCCCCUAGUGCAGCACUGGCUGUGACACAGCAGAUAUCCAGUCACAUGAUGGAUAUAAGCCCUUUGAGGUGCUCAGUGGCGCAUGCUUGAAGCUUUUGCUGCUUCAGUCAUACCAGCAACAUUCUCCACCACAGAUGUUAUAUAUGACUCUUUGGUCAUGCAGCUUAUAUAUAACUCAUUCCUGCUGCAGAUUGACCAAACAGAAAAGAUUUUGAGAACAUCACGAUUCUUUGUGCUAUAUUCAGGGUUGAAAAUUUUAACCACCUUUAUCUUCAAUGUUUGAAUUCUUAACACCAAUCAUGUCUCAUCCCAGACUGAAGUUGCACAUCAAGAUGUCAGAAUUACUGUCAUGCUCUAAAUUUUAACAUGCUGCUUUAUCCAAGUUAUCCUCAUCCUCAUCUCCAGGUGUAAGACAGCAGAAUACUUCUGAUACUAACACACACAUAGCACACUUUACCUUGUCCUGAAGAGGGGAAGAAAGUGAGAUAUAUAUAUAUAUAUAUAUAUAUAUAUAUAUAUAUAUAUAUACACACACGUAUAAAUUAUUUUGUUCUUCAGGACUUCUUCAGGGGAAAAUCACAGUGGAUAUUUGAGUCCCGUGUUUUGGGAUUUGCAAAGGGGGAAGUAGACCGGGCUAGUGUUUGUCUCCCAAAAGAUUAUCUGAGAAUACAAAGGUUGUGCCUUGUCAGAUUCCAGUUAACUUGGAGGUUUUCAUAAGAAUCAAUACUUUUAUGAAAUAUGGUAAUAAAUUUAGGACACUUUCAGUUCAGCUUGGGCACCAACUCCAGGCACGGACUGUAUAUGUGAAGACAAAAAUCAUGAAAGUGUUAAUAUUAUUUCAGAAAGUAUGCCUCAUUCCAGUACUUUCAGCAUGGACUUUUUAUCAUCUACCCAUUGUAUCCUUGGCAACUCGACUUGUUAUCUAAAGAGACAAAAUUGACAACUUAAAUUUAAAGUUACAGCCAUCAUAUAUUUCCAGGCUUGGAUUUGGUCUGGAUCUAGAUAGAAUACAAGCUAGAGACCAAAAAUAUUCUAAAAGUUAUUUGAUGCGAUAUAAGGGCAUAACAGUGCUCAUUAUUUUUGACUGGAUAAACUAGAAAAAGCUUUAAAGCUUUAUCCAGAUGAUCUCCAUCAUUCCAUAAUAAGGAAGAUGAAGAUAAGUUUUCCUCUUAUGAGUGAUGAGAGAAGUUCCUCAUACUUAGAGUAAACAAGUACAAACCAGCAGAAGCAGCCCUUUCUCCCAGCACCUUUUCGGUGGGGUUUAUAUUUCACCCUGGUUUUAAAGGAGUCAUCAUCUUAUCUCUUCUUCACCUUCAAGGUACAGAAAACAAAAAAAAGAAAUAAAUUUAUUGUAAACAUUUUCUUGUCAAUAAAUUUAAAAAGAAAAGUUACACUAAAGAAGAUUCUGGGAGAAAAAAAAAAAAAACUCUUUUUGAGGAAAAGUCCUAAACAUCGCAUUAUUUUCCCCACAAUAAUCAUAUGCUGCCCUUAACAACAUUGAUACUGUGAAUGAAGAUUUUAUCCCUCAGACUUUAUAUUUAUGAAGGCUUAUGCUACACUGAAGUGAGUUCUUCUAAAUAUAUUCUAUUUUUCCAUAUUAGCCUUGAGAGAGCAGUUCCUUGACAUUAAACCACAGAAUUUAAAUUCCUUAAUUAAUUAGAAAUGGAUUUGUGAGUGUCUAUAAUACAAAAUGUGUAAUGAGUUUGAACAUAAUCUUCAUACAGAGAAUCCUGUGAAAAACAUUUUUUAAAUGUUAAGGUUCCCUUUUGCAGAAGAAACAAAAAUAAAUGUGUGGGUUUAAUCUAUAAAUUAAGUUAUAAAUGAAAACGUACAAGACAACAGCCAAGCUCCCCAAAUGAAAGGCUACACGAAGCAAAACACAAAUCAUGAUUUUUAAAGCAGAUCCGUUAGAACAUAUUUUUUUAUAAAAAGCUAGCUUUGAAUAGACCUGAACCUGACUGGAGUUUUUAACCCUAUGAAUGACAUCCACCCUGUCAAAACAGCUCUGGUCUGUUUUACCUGAUCAUAUCCCAAACGAGCAGGUUUUUUCCUGGUUUGUUUCUUAAUGACAAGCUGUUAAAACACAGAGAACCUAUCAAACCUAGUAUUAUCCUCUGCUGCUUUUUUCUUCUAGUACACACUGCCGUCCAUCAGAAGAAAUAAUUAAUGGUUCUAUUAUGUAUGAAAGUGUCAUCCUGUCAGUUCAGCGACUGGUUUGAAUAGCUCAUAUCUGCCACUCAUUGAUGCCAUGCGUGCUCGCUGUCCUGAGAGAUGACAAAACACUACACCCUUUAGGAUUUUUUCCCCCUCUCUCUGAAGCAGCAUUUCACAUCUGUGUCUGACAGAAGCAUGAGGAGCUGAGAGAGGCAGACCUUCAUCAUCCUUCACAGAAUAAUGUUGCAUGGAUUAAAAGUUAAGAUCCGAUGUCUACUGAUCCUGUACAUUUCCUACAAAAAUCUAUAAUGUGAAGGCUACCAAAAUGUGAAGAGAAAUAACUUUUCAUUGUUGGACUAGCACCAGAAAACAGAUGGAAUUCACUGGAUAGCAAAUAUUUAAAUUAUUUUUUAGAUGGGUGCUGAAUACUUGAGUUGACUGGGGUCGGUGCAUUUGCCUUUUUUUAAUAUGUUUUUUGGUUGGAAGGGAAAGAUGCAAAGUUCACAGGUCCUUUCUGUUACCUGAUCAGGGCAGAAUUAACAAAAAUCCUGAAUGUAGAAUAACUCAGAUACUGAAGAUACCUGGAAAUAAACUAGAAACAACCAAUACUACAAGAGCAAAGCAGCAGUGAACAAGAAGACGCUGUGAAAAAGAAAUCACAAGAUGAGAGUGCACAAUGCAUUUCAAAUAGAGAAAAGCAUCCUAUCUGCUCAGUGAGUCUCAGUAUAUUCCGACAGAGCACAGACAAAGCUUCAAUCAAGUUCUCCUAGGACCAUCCCCAAGAAUCACACUGGGUGCCCAAGAGUCACGAAGUGUUUUCCAACAUGUGUAAAUGAGAACACAUUGAUGCACAUGGUUCAGGAAUGAAGUGCUUAAAUGAAGUAAACAUUGUUCUGAACAAGUAAUUUCCCCUGGGGUCAUCCUUCUGCACUUCCCCGGAACACAGAGUGGUUUGGAUCAAAGUACACAAUGGAGAAAGUGCAACAGUGACCUCUUGCAUCCUGCUUCAAAUACUCAACCACUAUUCACUCUAUCUCCAAAAGGAUGCUUCUGAGUACAGAAAGCAGUAUGCAACAGUGCUAAGGUCCUGAUGACAAUACACCAAGGACAAGAAUGGAAGUCAAUUUAUUCAGCAAUUCUACUGUUGUAAACAGUUCAUCCAUCAACCAUAAGCAGUUAGAAGGGCAUAGCCUCUGGGAAGUCAUUACUAUUGCCACUGUAACUGCAAUUGUAAGCUUAAUAACCAUAGUGGGAAAUGUUCUUGUAAUGAUAUCCUUUAAGGUUAACAGUCAGCUCAAAACUGUCAACAAUUAUUACUUGCUCAGCCUUGCCUGUGCAGAUCUCAUCAUUGGGAUAUUUUCUAUGAACCUUUAUACAUCCUAUAUACUCAUAGGCCAUUGGACUCUUGGAAGCCUCGCCUGUGACCUGUGGCUAGCACUGGACUAUGUAGCUAGUAAUGCCUCAGUAAUGAACCUCCUAGUCAUCAGUUUUGACAGAUAUUUUUCCAUCACAAGGCCUUUAACUUACAGGGCCAAACGCACACCCAGAAGAGCUGGCAUCAUGAUUGGUAUGGCUUGGCUGAUUUCCUUCAUGUUGUGGGCACCUGUAAUCUUGUGCUGGCAGUAUUUCGUGGGUGAACGAACAGUGCCACCCGAAGAGUGCCAGAUACAGUUUCUAUAUGAACCCAUUAUUACCUUUGGUACUGCAAUUGCUGCUUUUUACAUUCCAGUGUCUGUGAUGACCAUUCUGUACUGCCGCAUUUAUAAAGAGACCGAGAAACGCACCAAGGACCUCGCUGAACUGCAGGGCUCAGAGUCUGUGGCAGAGUAUGAGACAAUAAAGCCUCAGAAAACUCUCCUGAAGUCUUGCUUCAGUUGCAAGCAGCAAAACUUAGUCAAAAGAGAGAGGUGUCAGGCUUCUUGGUCGUCAUCUAGCCGAAGUACAUCAGCUACAGCGAAGGCCUCCCAGGCAGCGAGUACUUGUAUGGACUGGGCUAAGGCUGACCAGUUAACCACCUGCAGCAGCUACGCGUCGUCAGAAGAUGAGGAUAAACUUGCCACUGACUCAGUUUUCCAAGUAACUUACAAAAGUCCAUCUAAAAGUAAAGCAGAAGAGUAUAAUGAGACUACAGAUGUUGUUGUUAAAGACCAACCUGAAGAAAGUGAUUUUGAGAACCAGAAAUACUUUUUAUCACCUACCAAAGAACACAUACAAAAAAGUAAAAAAUGUGUGGCCUAUAAAUUCCGUUUGGUGGUUAAGGCUGAUGGCACUCAGGAAGCCAACAAUGGUUGCCGAAAAGUAAAAAUAACUCCUUGUUCUGCUGCUCUGUCAAAGGACCCUUCCAUCAAAAGCAUGGAUCCAAAUAUAAAUAACCAAAUCACCAAAAGGAAACGGAUGGUUCUUAUAAAGGAACGCAAAGCAGCACAGACUUUAAGUGCCAUUCUUUUGGCUUUUAUCAUCACAUGGACUCCCUAUAAUAUCAUGGUUUUGAUCUCUACAUUUUGCUCUGACUGCAUCCCCCUGACACUGUGGCACCUUGGAUAUUGGCUAUGCUAUGUGAACAGCACUGUUAACCCCAUUUGUUAUGCCCUCUGUAAUAAAACUUUCAGGAAGACUUUUAAGAUGCUGCUUUUCUGCCAGUGGAAAAAGAAAAAAGUGGAAGAGAAACUAUACUGGCAGGGCAAUACCAGACUGCCAUAAUUGUUCUUGUAUAAGAAAUAAGGAGAAAUAUAGAUAUUGAUGUAACCUAACAAAUUCUGUAUUUUCAAAGCCAUUGUUGUUGUGUCUAGUGGUUAAAAAAUCGGCUGAAAAGUAAAAUUUUGCAUGAAAGUAGUGUGCUUGGGAUAAAAAUGUCAGUGGCUGCUAUGAGCAACACAGGUUGCUUUUGACUAUGCAGUAGAAUCGCAUUACAAUUAUUGUGUUUAGUGUUUUAUGUCCUUUCUUUCAGCCUGAGCAGAGGUAGAGUAAACUACAAACUACUAGAAAUUAGACUGGGAUGAUCAUCCAGUCAUCUGAUUAGGUCAUUCAGUCUGUCUCCCUCUAGGCAAAACUUUCUUCCUAUAGUUCUUUGCUGAUGUAUUUUUUAUUUAGUUUUCAGCAUUCCAAGCAAUGCAGCCUGUGCUACUUCUGUUUUGAGGCUUUACCAUCAGCUGUUGAGAUGAAACAAGGACUAUCUAAAGCAUAAAUGCUGUCAUCCCCAAUAGCAAAUGGUUAGGGAGAUUCAUAACACUCAAAGUGUUAUGAAUCCUACAUUAUAGAAUAUAAUACUGAGAAAAUUUCCACUUUAAGGAUGACUCUUGUGGCGACUUUGGAAGGGCUCGUAGUGGAAGGGCUUACAGUGGAAGAAAUAGAUAAUGUAUUUUGUACAUGAAGGAGCCAGUCCCAAUAUCAUUUCCAUUCUGCAAGUCACUGACAUUUUCAAAAAUGGUGACACCUCUGAAUUUCUACAGUUCUCACCUCUGAAGGAAGUGAAAAAAUUCAUGAAAUGAAAAAAAUUUAUUCAACAGUGACAAUGGUACAAAUCAGAACUGACUGUAAAGCAUAAUGGACACAGUCUGUCUACAGCACAAGGAAAGUCUUUUCUGCAAUCUCCUUUGUUGCGCUACACCUUGCUCCAAAAGUUUCCAUAACAUUUACCUAUAUAUAAACAGUGAGAGAACUGGCAUCCUUUAAAGAGGAAAGAUUUUUUAGGCAACUUUUUAAUGUUUCUGUAAAACUAUUAAAAACACUUUGAAUUCUUUGUCAUUAGAUAGCUUUACAAGUACUAGUCAACAUCAGGUGCUUGGAAACAUGAGUUAUCUUCAGGCACUCUCUUUUGGUGCAGCAAAACCACAUCUGCUACAGAUGUGGCUGAGGUCAACACCCCUGGUGGCUGUGGCUGCUGGGACUGGGUUGUACUGGCCUAGUUACAAGCUGAGACUCACCACUGACUGUGAUUUGAGAGGAUUCUUGGUGCCAAAGCUGAGCUGCCUUUGCCUUCCUGAUGUCUGUGUUAGAUUGGCAGGAGCCCUGCAGCACUGACCGAGUGAGUGGGCAAGCAAGGGGCUGCCUUCAGCAGAAGGCCUUUGGAAUGGAGCUGGUAACCUCCCUCUGGUGGGAAAAACCAAGAAGCUGCAGAAAAGGUCCUGAGAAAACAAAGUUAAUGGCAACAGGAGUCAUGAGGUGAAGAAUACUAAAGAAAAAUAUUUAUGAAGGAAUGAGAAAGAUCUUCAUGUACACCACAUUAAAAUUCAGUUCUAGCCUUUCUAUCAAAAUUCUGAGUGAGAUACUUUGGAAUAUUAGCUUGAGACAAUCUUCAUAUUAUAUCUACUGUACACUUUAGCAGGACAUUGCAGUGGUGACAUUAGCCAGUUGCACAUUUCAGGGAUUGUAUAAGUCAUUGUGAAUGUACCAUUGCUCUCAAUGAAAUUGUUUGUAUAACGUAUUAAUUUAGCAUACUGUCAGAAUGUUCUCCUACAGAUAGAUAAAUCCUCCAUGUCAGCAAUCACAGUACAAGUGAUUAACAUUUUUUUAGCCCUAGUGUCCAUAGGGGAAAAUUUUGUCAGUGAAAGAUUAGCAGUGUACUAAUGCAAAAAUAUGUUCUCUAACGCCACAUGAUUGAUUUUGUAACACACCAUACUGGCCCUAUUAUUUUUUUGUGCAUUAGCAUAUGGUUACUUAUGAAAGGAAAGCAGAGGUCUUUAUAAAAACUCUUUCAUCAGCUUUGUUCUGUCACUAUCCAGAGCUUUUCCUGUGUACAGUAACUAUGUACAAAUUGGUUGUUAGAGUGGGUUUAUUUUGUAUUACAUCAGACCAGUCAUUCAGUAAACUAUGUUUGAUUUUUAGCAAAUGAAUGUGGCUCUCUGGGGGCACAAGCUGUAGUUAAAGGCAAAAUUUAUGAGGUAGUAACAGUUCCUGAUAGCUGUGCUGUUAUUGCUGAAAUGAAGCAUUGGCUCUUACUGGAAUUAAAUGGAGUAUUUUUUGUUGUUUUUCAAGUCUGUUGAUCAAGAAUGUUCUGUAAAUGUUUAUGGACUCUGCUCAGUAAAUGUAUUAGAAUACACAGUGAUGGAUGCAACAAUGUUGGUUCAAUGUAAUUGUGAAAUCUGUGCACCAAUUAUGCUGCUAGCACCUAACCAUGUGAGAGAUGACAUGGCCACACAUGAGUACAUUGUAAAUAUCAAGAAUUAUAUAAAGAGGUGUGUGUUACUUUAUUGUUAUGUAGGAUGCUUAUUCUUAAAAAAAAUCAAAACCUCAAAAAGAUAAACAUGGUCCACAUCAGAGUAUCAGAUAGUACUUGAUUGUACUUUGUACCUUU